AAACGUCCGAGCCCUCAUCCUUCCCUAAGUCAUUACCACACCCAUCUCAUGAACAUGUUGAACAACGGCUCCCUCGCUGUCGCCGUCGUCCAGCGGCAAGUCAUGCUCGUGCAAGCCGCACGCCCGCACGACCAGCGCGAGCGCUGGGUCGACGUGUACACAUACACGCCCUUCGGCGAGCGCGUGUUCCUCGCGUCCGCGGUCCCGCAGGCGCGCAUCGCCGCGCGCGACAUCCUCACGAUCUUCCCCGCGGACGACGCGGAGGGCGCGCGCGUGCCCGCCGCGGGCAUGCUCGAGCUGCCGCCGCAGGCGUUCUGGGAGUACAUGGAGCUCAGCGCGCGCGGGCAGAAGCGCUGCGAGCAGCUCUUUGAGGGCAGGUUGGGCGCGGGGAAGAUGAAGGCCAAGGCGAGGGGGUUGUGGUGAACGGCGUCCGUCUGGAGUCGUCCCGAGGUUCCGUGGUCUCUUUUCUCUCCCUCUCUCUGGUCUCCCGUUACUGUAUCGAUAGCCCCCCUGCCCCGGUUCCGGCUCACCGUUUGUAUCAAUAGCACAUAGGCUUCGUCUCCACGUUAUGUAUCCGUACACGCAUACCCACA